ACUAAUGGAUUAUCGAAUAAUGGACCUCUGUAUAAUGGUUCAUCAGAUGUAAUCUCCAAUACAAAUAACUCUCCGCAAAAUGGGAGUGUUGCCUCGAUAAGCCAUCUCACGCAUGACCGUGGCAGUAAUAGUGCAAUGAAUAUGCCAAAUUCACAACUUCAAAAUGGAUUAAUCUCUCGAGUGCAGUACUCCCCAGGGUUGAGUAGGAUCGAAAAUCCGGUAUAUUAUGAUCAAAAUAAGGCUCUAUUUGAACUCUACAAAGAGAGGUUAUUACGGAAUAACUAUCCCCCACACCCUAAUUUCGGCAACGAAUAAGUCUCGCAGAAUAAUAUAAACCAGAAGAAUUUUUAAUUUUUUAGAAGAGCUUGUGAUCAACUUUGUUUUAUUCAUAUCUUGAUUAAAAAGUGAUAUCGCUAAUGUGAAAUUUCUGUGACCUUCAAUUAUUGCGUACAUAUAUUUAUAUAUUAAAACUAUGAAAGAAAGUUAUAAUGCCAGUUAAUGCUGAACACCCGGCCUACAUUUUUAUUUAGCAUGUUGUACUUUUUUCUACAAAAUUAUGGUCAUUCGAAAUCCAGUGAAGUAAAUAUUUAGUUCUAAUUUUAUUGUCUGCAUGUCUUUGUAAAAAAGCUAUUAUCAUAUCACGGAAAUAUUUUGAGAUUGUCACAAUUAAAAACCCAUCCAUUGCAGUGAUGUUACAUAAUACGUAUGUCCUAAUACAAUAGAAUGCAAUAAAAAUCUCACGUUGCGAGAUGGCCUUGAUUCAUAGGGGGAGUUAAUCAAUUGUACAGACACAUGAUCUUUGUGUGUAUUACUUACAUAUAUGCAAGUUGUAGCUAUUUUCUGGGUGGAUAUUAUCACCAAAUUGUGAUACUUUAGGAAAAAGAGCUGUGAAAAUGUGUCACGACUUAACAUAACCAGUUGUUUAAACCCUCUCUUUUCCUGUGAAGAGAUUCCCGACAACACAUUGUGCUAACUGCUAGUAACGUAUACUUUGUAGAACCUACUACUCAUAUUUAGCAUUGUGCGAAUGUUUGGGAGUGGCCAUUUUUAGCCUUAUUUUAUAGAGACGUUUUCCGCUAACGUAUAUGUAAUCGUAAUCUCUUUUUCGUAGAAAGUCACGGAUUUAUCUGACGAAUCCUAAGCAUAUGUAAUUUAAGUAGAUAAAGUUAAACCAGCGUGUGUUUACAUAUAUAAGCAUAAAACGUUAGAAAACGUUAAUAAUAAUACAACAUAUAUAAUCAAGAUCGGGUUUACCAAAAAUCAUUCAGUUGUUCUUUAGCCUUAUACAUGCACAAGAGUGAGUGGUCUAGCCUUCUGCAACUAACUCAAAAUUAUAAAAUUUAGACUGUAACUUGGAUCGUUAUACCAAAACAUUUUUGUAUUACGAAAGGUUUAUUCUAAUAUUAACAAAUAUUUACGAGAACUAGUUUAAUAAUGCAAACUCCCUUUGACGCCGAUUUCUACCACGCCGUAUCUCAAACUUGGCCGGCUACUGGGAAAGUAAUUCUCGGUACAUUUUCUUCCGACACCAUAAUUCUGUAUCAAGCGUACAGGAAAGACAUUGCUGAUUGGGCUGCUACACACAAAACCUUUCUUGGCUGUCCCACCUUUAAAAUGGAAAGAAUGACAUGGGUCAAACCAAACUUUUUGUGGAUGAUGUACCGUUCUGGAUGGGCUACUAAACGCAACCAGGAAAGAAUUCUUGCGAUUACGAUAAAACUAUCUGGUUUCAUGGAAAUCCUGGGCAAUGCAUCCACUAAUCCUGAACGUACGAUUGCCGACGCUGAUGAUACCACAGGCACAACAACGGUGCGUGAUGACGUCCGUCUUCAAUGGGACCCUGACCAUGAUCCGUAUGGAAAUAAAAUGGAAAGACGAGCAAUUCAACUUGGACUUAGGGGAGAAAUUCUGGGCAAAUUCUUGAAUGAAUGGAUUGUGGACAUUCAUGACAUCACAGACUUUGUCCAACAGCAGUUCCAGUUUGUCCAAAAUCAAAACUUGGACUUGUUAAAAGUUCCGAAUGAAAAAAUAUUUGAGAUUAAGGAUGACAAUUUGCGAAAAUAUAUUGGAGCAGAUCAGUAAGAAACGUAUGUAUAUACAUAGGAUACAUGUUUAAUAAGUACGUUAGUUGUGCAUUACUAACAACUAUAUAAUUACUUACAUACAAAUGCACUGUACAGUAUUAAUCGAUUUUAACUCUGAUAUGGAUUUUCAUGUUCCUAUGUACUUAUCAAAUGGUCAGAUAAAUAAAUGACGAUAUAUUGACUCAUCAUCCUCAUCACUCAA